CGCCGGGGGCGCUGCGCGCGUGGGCGCGGCGGUCACGCGCGGCGGAGCAGGAAGCGGCACGGGGCGGGCGGAGCCGCGCGGUCCCGGUGUCCCCCCCCCCGUCGCCGCCGGUGCCGUGGGUCGGGCCAGGCCGGGCCAUGCGGUGCGUCCUGAUCGCCAGCACCGCCGCCGAGCUGCUCUUCUACUGGGCCGAUGCCGCCUUCCUCCGCCGGCUGCGGCCGCCCCACGCAGGGCAGGGCCCCGCGCUGGAGGACAGCCUCAACACCCUCUUCGCCCCCCUCAUCAUCUCCUGCGCCGCGCUGCUGGAAAAGCUCGCCGACACCUACACCUGCUUCGCCACCGAGCACGGGCGGCAUCUCCACGUCCUGCACAUGUUUGGCGACUGCCUGUACAUCGCGGUGAACGGCGAUGGGACGGAGAGCGAGGACGACCUGCGCCGGACACUGUUCGUGCUGCGGCGCUUGGUGGAGGCUCACUGCGGCCUCGUCACUCUCGAUUCACACCUCAUCCGCAAGGAGUUGCGGCCGGCCGAUUCGGAGCAGCGGGAGCGUGUCUGGAGCCUGCUGCGGGGCCUGCUCGAGACCUACAGCCACCUGCGGGAGGAGGACCAGAGCUUUGCGGUGGAGGCCGUGGAGCGGCUGGUCCAUCCUCAGUUGUGUGAGCAGUGCAUCGAGUUCCUGGAGCGGCAGGUGGUGCAGUACAUCAACACCAGCCCCGAGCGUGGAGGGGACGAGGUGGGCCAUGCCUUCCUCCUGGUACACACCAAGCUGCUGGCCUUCUACUCCAGCCGCAAUGCCAGCUCCAUCCGUCCUGCCGACCUACUCGUCCUCAUCCUCCUGGUGCAGGACCUGUACCCCAGCCAGAGUGCUGAGGAGGAGCUCAGCCCCGAGAAGCCUGCGGCACAGAAGUUGCUCCCCCAGGGACCCAAGAGAAGCAAGAGCAUCCCUGUGAGCAGCCCUGGCUCCUACGGAGCUGCAGAGAAGGACUCUGAUGACCAGCAGGACACAGAUGAUCUCUCCGUGCCUGAGGUCUACUACACGCCCGAGCCCUCGCCAGGCAGGCACAGCACGGGCAGCGAGAGCUGGUCAGAGGGUGCUGAGAUCCUGGGCACCGAGGAGGCAGAUGCUGCAGAUGUCCAGAUGGCAGAGGACUUGCUCCAGACCCUGGGGCCUAUGGUCUCUGAAGCUUCAAACCCCAGAAGGAUCUUCCUGGACGCCAACCUGCGGGAAGGUUACUGCCCUUUACUGCCGCACACCAUGCACUGCCUCCCGCUCUGGCCGGGCAUCUCCCUCAUCCUCCUGACCAAGGGCCCUACGACCCAGGUGGCCUUCACCUUGUACCAGCUGCUGGAUGGUUUCUUGGUGCUGGAGAGGAAGCUGGAAGAGGGGCCAGAGGCAGGAGUCCCACGCUCCUACCCAUUCCUGGCUGAGCUGCGGCAGCGCAUGGACAAGUUUGUGAAGAAGCUGGGCGGGCAGGACAUCCAGAACACCUGGGUGGAUUUCAAGAACAAGAUAUUCUCCCGGAGCGAGCCUGGGAGCUCUCUGGAGCUGCUGCAGGCAGUGGCCAAUGUGAAGCGGCAGCUCUGCUCCUUAUACCGCCAGCUCUUCCUGGCCUCCGCUGGCCACAGCCUGUCCCAGGGGCUGCGGGACCGUGCCCAGAAGCUGAUGAGGGAGAAGCUGCUGGACUGGCGGGACUUUCUGUUGGUGAAAAGCAGGCGCAAUAUCACCAUGGUGUCAUACCUGGAGGACUUCCCUGGCCUGGUGCACUUCAUCUAUGUGGACCGCACGGCUGGGCAGAUGAUGGCACCUUCGCUCAGCGUGACAGAGAAGUCCAGCUCGGAGCUGGGCAAGGGCCCCCUGGCAGCCUUUAUUAAGAGGAAGGUCUGGUCCCUGAUUGCAUUGGCCCGGCGAUACCUGCAGAAGGGCUACACGACACUCAUGCUGCAGGAUGGUGACUACUGCUGCUCCUACUUCCUCUGGUUUGAGAAUGAGCUGGGCUACAAGCUGGAGGUGAUGGAGGUGCCGGUUCUCUCUGAUGAUUCUGCUCCCAUCGGGAUGCUGGCAGGAGAAUACUACAGGAAGCUGCUACGUUACUACAGCAAAAACCACCAGGCAGAGGUGGUGAAGUGCUAUGAGCUGCUGACCGUGCACCUGGGCAUCAUCCCCUCUGAGCUCGUGGUCCAGCAGGCCUGUGACUUGGCCCGGCGCCUCUGGGAGCCCUCCCGCAUUCCCCUGCUCUGAGCUGACUCCAGCCACCCUGGGGCUGGGAUUAAAGCGGGUGUGUGGGUGA